CGACUGAUCACCAUGAUCACUACUAUCAUCAUUCCCAGCCAUGAUCACUUGUCUUGAUCAGUGUCUACCGCCAAGCUCGUCUGCAUGUGCGGUCUUGACUCUUGCCGAUUCUAAAAAAGUCACGGACUGUUGUGCUGCGCCUAUUCCACCAUUGAAAAGGCGAUUGGGAAGAAAACAGACGUCGUUGGACGGUCUCUUUUGACCCAGCUCCGCAGGUGGUGUGUUGUUCAUCUUCGCCCAUUCAAUUAAUUCUAUUGUGUGUCCACCGCGCAUCAACUCUCUUGACUCUUGUGGAGUACGAGUUCUACGUAGUUCUAUCUGUAGGGGUGACGUCUUUAGAAGGAUACCGUUGAGCUCAGUGUUAUGGUGUUAGUUCUAUUCUCCAAGUAACUGGUUCUGUUCCUCCUACAUUUGUAUCUGUGCCAAUAUGGUAUGUAGUACAUACUUCUAAAAUUGCUCACCUGCAAUCAUGACUUCUAGUACUAGUGUUGUGUUCAACACCUGCUGGGAAUUUUAGUAGAUCUACCAGGACACUACUAGCGUCGGCAUUUGUACGUGAGCACUCCUGGAACUGCCGGAGCAAAACAUUCAUAGAAAGAUCUGCCCUUUUCACUGGCUGCUACUGACUCGGAAAGUGACUGUGUUUAGGAUCGCCGCCCAUCAUCAGUGUUGGUUUUGCCUGGAUGCUGAAAGAUGACUAGAAUCGGAUUGUAAUUCUAAUUUGCGUACGUGUUUGUCAACGCUAUAGCUGCCCAGCCCGCCAGUGGCCAGGCUUUAGCUGAGUGCCGGCAAUAGGAAGAGCAGCUCAUGUAUUCAGACAUCGGUGGUACAGUAGCAGCAGCAGCAUACAGACCACCUUUGCGAGCUGAGUCGGACUGGACUGGUAUGAUGGCCACGUCCAGCUCUACCGCCGCUACCGACGUGAUAUCGAAAAAUUACCUGGUGGUUGGCAAGAAAGGAGAGGGAACCUUUUCAGUCGUCUACCAGUGCCAAUCUUACCGGGAUAAGAAGAUGUAUGCAGUCAAGCGCAUGAAGCAGCAGUUCCACUCUUGGGACCAAAUAGAGAAACUGCAGGAAGUCAAGUGCCUCAAGCUAUUAAAUCCACACCCGAACAUCAUCACGCUGAGGGAGAUAUUGUUUGAUCCCUUAGAAGGCACGCUGGCGCUGUCAUGUGAGCUGAUGGAUCUCAAUCUCUACGAGCUCAUCAAAGAUCGGACGGAAUUCCUGAGUGAGGAUGCUGCCAAGGGUUACAUCUUCCAGCUACUGAAGGCGCUUGGUCACAUGCACUCGAAGGGGAUGUUCCAUCGAGAUAUAAAGCCGGAAAACAUUCUGAUCCGGCUGAGUGACAAUCUGGUGAAGCUGGCAGAUUUCGGCUCCUCUCGGAGGGCGGGUGACAAGCUGCCCUUCACGGAGUACAUUUCCACUCGCUGGUACAGAGCUCCAGAAUGCCUGCUAACCGACGGUUACUAUGGUACCGCAAUGGACGUAUGGAGUGCCGGCUGUGUGUUCUUUGAGAUUUUGCGCUUACAGCCUCUGUUCCCUGGCAAGAGUGAAAUCGAUCAAAUCAAUCACAUCCACCAAGUCCUGGGCACGCCGGACAAGAAGACGCUGAAAAAGUUUACCCAAUCACGACACAUGUCCUUUGAGUUCAAGCAGCACGAGGGCCGCGGCCUGUCCAAUAUGAUGCGCGGCUGCUCACCAGCGUGUAUCAGUCUGAUGACUGAGCUGUGCAAAUACGACCCGGAAUACAGGUACACCGCAAAGCGGGGGCUCGCUCAUAAUUACUUUGUGGAGCUGCGUGAGCAGCACCACAAGAGAAAGGAGGCACGGAAAGCGGCAAAGGCGCUGGCAAAACCAGCGGCGGUCCAGCGUGGUAGCCUACCUGCCAUCGAGCCCAAACGCGGGCUGCCUGCGAGAGGCCGUCAGCCAGCAGCACAGGCAACUGGAGGUCCACAACGGCAGUCGUCCGUGGUGCACAUGCCCGCUCUCAGCUCAACCAGUAGUGUCACUGGCGCACAUCACGCUACCAACGGCGGUGCUAGCCUCGCCCCUCUGAAGAAGAAGCCGUUGAAGAGCGAAGCGCUGGCUAAAAUGAAGGAAGCACGUGCCAAGGCCCAGUACCAUCAACCGUUCAUGCACCCGGGACUCAUGGAACAUGGCCUGCAGUCUGGAUUCCUGGACGGCGUGCAUGGUACUGGUCUGCAUCCGGCCGGAUCAACUCUUAUGGCACAGCCCCAGCACAGGAAGGAUCAGGAAACCUUGGAGAGGAAAAUAAAUCCGUAUACCGGUGCAGGAAGAGGCCUUCCGCCGUUGCGGCGACGUCAGCCGUAAGCCGGCAUUGUCACAGUGGCCAGCUGUACGUGGUGCACCCGUGGAGGCCAGAGAUUCCAUGCAUGUCCGGCGCAGGCAAGUUAGUUCAGCAGGGACGCCCGCUCGAGCCUGUCAUUUGCAUUGCAUUGCAUAGCGGCUCUGUCAGAACAGUUCUAACUGAACCCACUGGCUGUUUGCACCUGGCAAGGACAAGUCACUGGAGACCACCUUGAUACCAUUGGAAUGACGUAUCACUGUCAUCACCACUGCAUAUGUAGAGGUGGUAACCGCUCAACCGUCACACUUCCGGGUCACAUUAUCAUGAUGAUCUACUUGUACAAGGCGGCAGGCUGCUUCCACCUGGCAGCCUGGCCCCAAUGUUUACUCCACCCCGCUUUCCCAACAACUCUCUCGCUAUUUACCAACACUAAUCUUCCGGCGUAUCCCAACCUAUCCACUUUGCCACAGCGAUCUUGGAUCUCGAGUCCAACUGGCAUGGCCUUGACACUUGUGCGAUUAUGCCAUUCGUUUUGUUUGUGGCGGUGUUUGUCAGUGUAACUUGCCCUCCGACUGUGCACAACUGUUAUGAAUGCACCAGUAUCAGUUCCCUACCACGGCCUGCCAUCUACUUGUAGCUGAGUGGUAGCACGAAGCGGGUCAGCUCACAUUUGCUACAAUGAUGAGAUGGAAAUGCAACCUUCCCACUUGAUUCGAGUUUCUCCCGUGCAAUGUUGAACCCUCCCCUAAUCUGUUUUAGACGAUCGUACCCGACAUAUAACCGGAGUAAUACAUCGGACUCAUGCCGCGGCUUUCAGCGAAUUAGCUGAGACCUUUGCCUGCACAUAGUUUGUUGAUCCAUUGUCUUUGAGUCGCUCAGACAAUGCUGGUUUGUUCAUUCUGUUACUUCUCUGUUUGACAGCACUGUACAUUUGGUACAUAGAAGCUCUGACCUAAUGCCAUGUGAUUGUAAACAUCCGUACCCGUAUCAUUUCGUUUGUUUGCCUUGGUCGACUUUCAUCCCUCGGGUCUUCUGUACACUGUAAUAGAUGUUUA